GGCAUGUAGUUUCAAUUUAUAUUUUUUAUAUCAACACCAUAAGGAAUAAGAAGUCAUCAUGGGUUAUGCGAACUCUGAAUCUGAUUCCUGCUCAACAAUAACUUCUGCGCUUAACCUCGUCAUUGGCCGUCGUCAAAUACACCGCGAAGAAAGGCACCCAAGAGUUCGCUCUUGUGAAAAUACUGAUGGCACAGUAAGCAUUACAGUUUUUACCCCUGGCUUGGAAAAAGGAUCAACCAGACAUAGUCCUAGAAAUGGAGAUGUUCAUUUUUGGUGGAUAAAUAACCAUGGAUUUUGGCUGCAGGUUAUAGUUAGAGAUGAUAUGAAUAAUAAAGAAACCAGCUUUUUUCGCAAAGUGAGACAGUUCCCUUCAGAAAUAAAUAUACAGAAAUCUUACUGGAAGGUCAAGAAUGGAGAAAUAGCCAUCAAAGUUACAAAGGCUGAUAACUCUUGUUGGAGGCCAUUGCUAUGGAGUAAAGGAUUGGAUCAGUAUACAAGUGAUGAGGAUGUCUGAAGAUCUUGAAAUUUAAUUUAUUAUCUGCUAUAUAAGACUAUAUGUGAGUGUGUGUGUGUGUGUGCAUUAAUGUGUGUAUGUGUAUAUAUAUAUCUAUAUAUAUAUAUAUAUAUAUAUAUAUAUAUAUAUAUAUAUAUAUAUCUGUAGUUGAAUACUUUAUAUUCAUGUACUUUAUCUCAGGGAUUUUUUUAUUCAUUUUGAAUAAAAUUGUAAUCAUGAACUUCAAAUGUUGGUAAUACUAUAGUAAAGUACUUUACCACAUUUCUGUUGGAAGGUUGAAUAAAUGAGUAUGCUGUAUGCAGUAGUUACAAAUUUUUUAAUAAACAUGCACAUUUUUUAAUUGUCACAAAAUUGUCAAGUCUUCCAAUUGUGAAUUUCUUACAAUGUAUAGCAACAAGAAUUUCUAUUCAUGUUUCUUUUAUUAAAUGUAUGCCAUUGUGCACUGUAGAUAAAAGAAAAAAAUGCUUUAUUUGCUGAGAGUGAGUAUUCUUUGUUUUGUUUAAUUAUCUUGGUGUAGAGAUAAACGAUAAUUCAUCCUUGCAUUACUGUGUACUUUUUAAUGCUAUUAAUAUUUUUGCUAUUCUUAAAGUUUCAGUCAAAUUUUUCUUUACAUAUUUUUACACUUUCCUUUACUUACUGUAUUGUUUAUGGAUCUUGAUAAAUAUAAAUAUAGAAUAAAAUUUGUAAUUGAGAUUAGUAUUUCACAGUUUGACGUAUCCAAGGAAUAAUAAACCCCCAGAGGACAAACUCACAUAUAGAUUCAACUUUGUGUGCAUGUUGUUGUUUCUUACAGGAAUAUGAUUGUGGCUGAAAGACAGUGUUAUAUCUCUGUGAAGUGGUCAUACUGACACUUAAAAUAGAUGUUUAUAUUGUAACAGGACUUGUUUUAAUCAUUGCCUUCU